CACACGGUUUGAAGUUUUGCCUUCAGUUUGCGUUGAACCCCCAGAGUGUCCAGUUACUGAUCAUGCUCAGUGAAGCAGGAAGAUAAGAAGCCUGGCUGGAUGUGACUCCCAGAAAUCAUGCUUCUGCCUGAGGUUCGGUGAGUGGGAGUGCGCUCCUCCGGGCUGCCUGGAUGUAUGGUUGACUCCAGAAGCAUUUGUGAUAUAUUUUUGCACCAGUGGAACUAAUUCAUAAGCAUCGUGAUGGAGGGCCAGAUGUCGUUCACGUGGAUGCUGCUGUGUUUGCUCCUGCGGCCGUCAGCUGCACAGAACCCGCCACCAGAAGGAGCGCUGAACUGCUGCGAGGGGGAUGUCCUCUUCUUGGUGGAUUCCUCUGGCAGCGUGUCGUCCUACGAGCACUCCCGCAUGCUUGCUUUCCUAUCUGAGCUCCUCCUUCCCUUUUCGCUGGGAGAGGACCAGGUGAGGAUCGGACUUCUUCAGGUGGGCACCAAGCCCCGCCUUGAAUUUGGCUUUGACAAACACAGCAGCCAAAGUGACCUCCAGGGGGCUUUGACGAACAUCAAGCCUCUCAGAGGGGACACCAACACAGUGGAUGCACUGAAAAUGGCCAAAGAGCGGGUGCUGCGACCAGGGGCGGCAGAUGGGGCUCGGGCGGGGCUCCCCAGAGUGCUGGUGUGGUUGACAGAUGGGGUGAAACCGGGGGAUGUGAUUGGACCAAUGGCUGAGCUCCAGGAGGAGGGUGUGGCUGUGCUGGUGGUCUCCACAGGGCACAGCAACUAUCAGGUGCUGAGGCAGGUGGUGAGUCCGCCUGUGGAAAACCACCUGUACUUUGUGGACAUUGAUGACAUGAGCAUCAUCACAGAAGACCUGCGAGACGCCAUCAUUGAAAUCAUCCGAGCUGAGCGAAUCCAGGUCCGAGACAUCUCCACCAACUCGGCCACGCUCCAGUGGCGGCCGGUUCUGUCCGGUUUGACCGGCUACUAUGAGAUCCGUUUUAGUCCGGUUGUGAGCGGAGGAGCUGGAGGUGGCGGUGGAACCGGGACCAGUCCGAGCACUGGUGGAAGUCAGUACCAGAGACUUACCCAGUCUGCGGACUCAAGCACUGCCUUGCUCACGGGCCUGAAGCCUGAUACCACCUAUUCAGCAACCUUAACCCCGGAGUCCAAUGAACAAGCAUUUAACACUCUCGCCGUCACCUUCACAACAAAGCCAGAGGUGAUGAGCCCCGCUGUGGUCACAGUCUCUGAGUCGGGGCAAAACAGCGUCCGGGUGAGUUGGGGUCCUCUUCAGCCAGAGACGGUCGCAAGUUACUACGUUGAAUAUUCUGCCCUGCCCAGGGGCAAAGUCAACGCUGUCACACUGGGCCGAAUGCAAAACUCUACCCUGCUCAGAGACCUCCAACCAGACACCACUUACCUGGUCACCGUCAGUGCUCGGCACGCCUCGGGAAAGGAGAAGGCCAUGUCUGUCAAAGUGUGCACUCAGGAAGUGACCCCAGCCCUGGCAGACCUCCAGCUCACCACAGUGGGCAGCGACUCGGUGCAGGUCGACUGGAAGGGCAGCGUGGCUGGUUUGAAGGGCUACUGGCUCACCUGGGAGGGACUGCAGAACUCUGUCCCGGGGCAGCGCUCCUCUCUCUAUUUGCCACCCGACUCCCUGUCAACACGACUCACCCACCUCCCCCCUUCAGCCAGAGUGUGCGUGUCACCCAUUUACCGUACAGCACGGGGAGAAGGACUGUGUUGCACGGCGCAGUUUCAUUCAGAUGCGUUAGCAUAUGGCUACCAGUCAUAGCACCCCCAGUACACACGUGCACCUUACUAAACAUGGAGGCCAGUGGGAGAGAGGAAUGCUGACUUCCAUCCAUGAUUCUUCUCCGUGCCUCUUCCUUCUGUGGACAUCAUCCAGGAGAGCUGUGUGGUUUGGCUCACGGAGCCCUCAUGUGGAAGCCAUGGACACUUAACAGUGGUCUGGGACAAUCUGGCCACAUUUUGACUUCUAUAAGCUACAGCACAGAGGACUAUCUGCUUUUCUGUUUUUACUGUCCCAUCUGGUUUACACCUGUAGUAAAUGUAUAAUGCGUCACUUUAAAGAUGCAAACUUAAGAUAAAGAUAUUUCUGAGGUCUGUUUUGCAGAGACCGAGCAGGGCAUGCUGGGAAUGUUAAUGUUUCAUGUGGCUUGUUUUGGAGAAAGGUUUUGCUCCAUAUGUGGGCCAUGUGCCCGAAUCAGCAUUUCAACAUCUGAUCUACAUUUAUAAUGAAUACUUGUGAGUUGUGCUUUAAUGACUUCUCUUUCAGCACAUGCUUGACUACAUUGGGUGCUUGCGUGCGCACACUGGAGUGCAAUAAGGUAACGUUAAAUUGUGGCCCUCGUCAGGAUCGCUUUGAACUUUGAAAAAAUGAUAAACAGAUCAACCACAUGGCCUGGAGAGGUUCUGUACAUGAUACAGACGUGUUUAACUGAGAGUCGUAUCCUCGUUUUAGUUUCUGGACAGAAAUGUAUCAUUCAUAUUUAUUAAUCAAAGAAUCAUGUAAGUAUGAAAAUUGAUAGCUUAGAGUAUUUACAGAGAAGCUGUUUACAUUUUCAGACUGUUACCUUUUUACUGCCGUCUUUGCUGCCCCCUACUGAAAGGAUCUUCACAGGCUGACUGCUGAUCUUUGACUGUUUACUGAGCAAAUAUGUUGUUUUAUGUCGUUGACUACCAUUGAAAUGUAACACAUGCUUUCACUAAAGGUCUUUAAUAGUU